CAGAGGGAUAUAUAUAUAUAUACAGUGUCUGUAUAUGUGCGAGCGUGAGACGGAGCGUAUCCCAGACCCUGCCAGACGAGAGGCUGCAGCGCGGAGCAGAGCAUCACCAUGAGCGAGCUACGAGCCAAUAGUGAGCUUCCAUCUUCAAACCCGGCCGCCCUGAACGAGGAGAAGGAUAAAUCUGGGUCCUCGGAGAAGGUGGAGGAAGAAAUUGACAUUGACCUUAAUGCUCCGGAGACAGAAAAAGCGGCGCUUGCUAUUCAGAAUAAGUUUCGCCGGUUUCAGAAGAGGAAGCAAGACCCCAGCCCAUGAUAAUGUCGCCUCGAUCCUCUUACGUUGAUUCUGCACUUCCUUCUCUGUAAGGGACAAGCCGGAAAAGAUAAACGGGGCAUUAUAUCUACAGUCCCCCCCCCCCCCACUACCCCCCCCCCCCCCUCCCUUAAUUUAUAAUGAAUGCUUAUGUCCGUGGCCAGUGCCACCCUGGAGCCACCACUCACUGGCCAAGUUGUACAUAGUCUCCUUGGUAUGAUCUUAUAGAUGAGAGACUUUUGUACGAUACAACAUGAAGAUGACUUUUUGGCUGCGCUGUCAUGGCAGCUGCGGUCUUGUCGUCAGGCAUGUGUAGACAGUUUGGGGGUCCUCCCCUUAUAUAACGGCAUGUUCCUCGCAUCUUAAACUACACUUGUCAUCCACAAUCACCAUGGAAUAAACUUAUCACUGAUUACGCACCAUACCCAUUACUGUACCUGUAAUUGUGCUGCACUGACAGUGAGACCACCGUAGAGGCCUGCGGGCGCCCCCACAAUGUUGUAGGAAGGCGCAGCCACUUUCAUUGCUUUGUGGUGUCCCUGCUAUAACCAAUGGGUGACAGUCCUCUGCUGCCAUCUAGUGGUCCACUUCAGUAUAAUACCCGCUGAUUGAUUCUCCAGGUACUGGGAAACUACAACUCCCAGCAUUCCCUGCAGCUAUCUGGUUAAUUCUUUCAUUGUCCCCGUUAUGACAAGGGGCAGCACAAAUAUUAAUAAUCUUGUUAUUCUGGGGGCCCGUCUCCUCUCCAGACCCCGCUGUGGACUCUCAUAGGACA